UCUCUCUAGAAACGACGCCAUUUUUGAAGAACAAGGAAAUCUUCUCUUCUUCCAUGGCGGUUGAGCCUCUCCAUCUCAAUCUCAUCAAUAACAGGGAAUUCAUAGGUCAGAAUGAAGGAAAUCGAACAGUUAUUGGAUCAUACGGAGGAAAUCAUCCGAUUUCCGGAAUGACGAUCGCGAAUUGGAAUUCUCAACCGAUCUAUGUUGACAACAAUGCCUGUAGUAAUAAUCUACUGAUUUCCAGGAAGCGUUCAAGAGAUUCAAUCUCAUUUCUAGGAGAAGAUAUUUCGUUAGAGAUUCAAAAUCAUCAGUUAGAGAUCGAUCAAUUAAUCGCAAUGCACGCGGAGCAAAUGAAAUUGUAUAUACAGGAAAGAAGGAUGAUAGAAACAAUGAGAAUCAUCGAAACUGUAGAACAAAGGAUUACGAAGAAACUAAAAGAAAGAGACGAAGAAAUAGCAAAAAUCGGACAAAUCAAUUGGAAUCUACAAGAGAAGGUGAGAAAUCUGUGUAAUGAAAAUCAGUUAUGGAAAGAUCUUGCAGAGAGGAAUGAGAUGACUGUAAAUGUUUUGAAAAGUAAUUUGGAACAGAUGAUGAUGAUCCAUCAUCAUCAUCAUGAUCAGAUUCAAGAACAACAACAGGUAUCGUUCUGUAGUAGUAAUAGUAUUAAUGGAGGUUUUUGUGAAGAAGUCGCCGGCGCCGGAGAUAGGAUGUGCCGGAGAUGUGGAAAGGAGGAGUCGUCGGUGUUGUUGUUACCUUGCCGGCAUCUUUGUGUUUGUAGUGGUUGUGAAUCUUGUGUUAACAGUUGCCCUAUUUGUCAAUGUACUAAAAACGGCACUGUUAAUAUUAAUUUGUUGUUUUGAAUUUUGGGGAAUUAUAAAACAGGAUUAUAACAAACA